AUGCCGUCUGCUUCUAUCCAGGAACCUAAGCCUUCGAUCGAUUUCAAGUCAUAUAUUGAAGACGAGGACUUUCUCGUCGAAGGGAACGCAGAGCCCAGCAGCCGUUCCCAAGUCUUAAUCUUUCGUUUGGAAAACCUCAGCUGGUGGGUCAAGGUAACCCUUAGAGGCGAGGUCCUCCGUAUUACGGACGAGCAGACCGGAAAGAGAAAAACCUCAAAACGACAGAGACGCAAAGAGUACCAGGACUUCAUCAGGCUCAUAGAUUUCGGAUCUCUUCCGCUCUUCGAUGACACAGUCAGUGAAGUGAUAUUAGAAGAGUCAAACGAUCGAUCUGACCCGAUCGUGAAAAUACAUGGAACAGCGGAGUUCGCUAUUAGUCCAUUUGUAAACGUCUCUAGGAAACUGAAAUACACUGUCCGAGAAGAUCCUUCGAGAGUCAUCUAUCCUUUAUGCGAUGAAUUUCCUUCUCUACGCAAGUUCAAAAUUACCGAGUUAUUCAAAAAGACGGAGAUCACGGACGGCGUUUUCCACGUCAUCGAUUCAAAUGAUGAGACGCCAUACAUUCUCAAGGCUGUUAAUCGGCCUCUAUAUCAGCCUCAUGAUACGGAAGUUAUUCGAACCGAAUUAAAAAAUCUGGAAUACUUUCGAGGAGAACCGAACAUUGUUCAGCCGGCUGGUGUCGCAGUGAUCACGAAUCCUUAUGCGACAUCAAAUGCAACAGAGCAACCUUUGGUUAUAUUUGGCAUUCUACUGGUAUUCUACCCUGGUGGUUCUUUACAAAACUUAUUCAAUGAGAAUCGCGUGAGGGAACAUCCAUGGGGACGUUGGACUACGCAAAUCGCUACUGCAAUAAACUGCUUGCACGAGGCAGGGAAAACUCACAUGGAUAUCAAACCAUCGAACGUCGUUAUUGACGGGAACGGAAACGCAGUGCUUAUUGAUAUCAGCGGUGUUGGCGGAAUUACACAUGAAUGGCGCGCCCCAGAGAUUCGCGACGAUAUAUCACCUGGUAGUCUCUCGUUUGAGGUGCGCCAGCUGAAUGACACAUGGGCAUACGGAAAGCUUUUGUCGGAAAUAAUAUCGCAUGGAGGGGCCAGCCCCUUUUCGGAAACAUUGGAUCGCGUUGUUGCUUGUCUUACGAGGGAAGACACACUGGCACGCAUGACUCUUCCAGAAGCUAUCUCCCGCCUAAAGGCGUCUGGUAUUGAGAGAACGUGCAGUGUGUACAGCAAGUAUAUAUACAAUUAUGGCAACGGUGGAACCUGA